GGAAAAACCCUGUGAAUCUUCCAGCAGAGGCAGCGGCAGCGGCAGCGGCAGCCAUGUCCUCUCCUUCCCUCCCCAUGCCCUCUCUCCCCCCCAGCCCUCUGGCCAUGGAGUACCUAAACGACUUUGACCUGCUCAAGUUUGAGGUGAAAUCUGACAGUCCUCCACUUCCUCCUCCUUGUGUAUAUCCCAAAUCUGGCCUCCCCCAUGACCCCUCCAGCUCUCCGUACACCAGCCACCCUAUGCAGGACUCUAGUUUGAGCUCCAGUCCUUACAACUCGCUGCCACCCUCGCCGACGCUCAGCGACGCCCACCCACCACCUUCGGGCUCUUCUUCCCUCUCUUCGUCAUCCUCUUCCAUCUCCUUCCCCCUCUCCAUCUCCAACAGCUUCACCUCCGGCAUCAGCUCUGGCUCUCAGGGGAACGUGGAAGGCAGCCCGUCCCACGGCGGGCCUCAGGGUCCCACCCCGGCCUCGCUGGAGGACCUGAUCUGGCUGGCAGCACUGCAGCAACAGUUUGGAGGUGAGGUGACGGGGCCUGCCACUUUGCUGGGAGCCUUGGGGGGAGUGCCAGAGCGAGGGGAGAGAGAGAGAGGGCCGGCCAAUGGCUUUCUGGGCUGUGAGGAUGCUGUUGAGGCUUUACUGAACUCAGCUGCUGCAGCUGUCAGCUCACAGUUUCCAGGUCUUUCUCAGAGUUCGAGCAGCAACCUGGGAGACUCCAGCAGCGACAGCGGAGCUGACAUCUCCUGCCCCAAAGGGACAGAUAUGUGCCAUCGCCCGCUUGUCUUCCUCUCGUCUGCCCCUCCCUCGCUUGCCAACGGCGCCCCCACCUCAGCUCCCUACCCACAACCCCUCAGCCCCCAGGGCCGCCUUCAUCACCACCAGCAUCACCAUCAUCAGCACCACCCGCACCACUCCAUGCAUGGCAGCCAUCACCAUCAUCACCACCCACAAAUGAAUCAGUGUGGAGUGAAUGACCGCUUCUCUGAUGAACAGCUGGUGAGCCUGUCAGUCCGGGAGCUGAACCGACACCUGCGGGGAGUGAGUAAGGAUGAGGUGGUGCGCUUGAAGCAGAAACGCCGCACACUGAAGAACCGCGGCUAUGCCCAGUCCUGCCGCUACAAGCGUCUACAGCAUCGCCACGCUCUGGAGUCAGAGAAACAUGUGCUCACACAACAGUUGGAUCAGCUACAGUGUGAGCUGAAUCGAGUGCUGAGGGAAAGAGACGCCUACAAGGCUCGCUACGAGAAGCUCCUCAGCACGAACCACAGCAUCAGCGGAGAAGCCCCACCGACCCGCAGCAGCAACCCACCUUCCCCGCCCCCUGACUACUUCCUCUGAGCUAAACCCACAGAGAAGAGGAAGGGAAAAAACAGAGGAAUGAGAAACCAGCCAACGUGGAGCAAUCAAUGAUGAGUAAUCAGACUUGGGGAAGAAAGCAAGGAUGUGUACGUGUGUGUGCGUGUGUGUGCGUGUGUGCGUAUGUGUGUUUGUGUGUGAGAGAAAGUGAAAGAGAUACAUUGGCAGGCAGCUUUGGGGCAAUACAACUGUGAAAUCCACUCUUGAGUGAUUAAAGGGGAUUUGACUGUUAACUCAUAGCGUUAGACUCAGCUCUAGGCUGCUCCAUGGACUACGCUUUUACUUCACUGUGAAUGAUAGUUGCACAUAAACUGUCUGAGAGUGCAACAAAGUGCAACAAACAAGACUGUGAAAAAUGGAUCGAUAAAGCUUUGUCUUGCAUUAAAUAGUCCCUGAUACUGCUGAGCAUAUUAUCUAUGCAAUAUUACAUAGCUGCAAUGUACUUUCCAAAUGAGUGGUUGAGGCUCAAACCGUAGUUGUGUUUUUUUUAUAAUAAGCUGCUAAAGCUGCGGAGGUCUGAGUAGUGCAGUGGUGCUGGAUGUGGAGUGGUAUGGGCUUGGAUAAAGUAUCCACGGCAUGCAGUUGUGUUUGCCAGCUAAUUUUUCACAGUUGCCUACCAAAGUGUUAAAGCUCACCACGACUUGUUAUUCUUUUUAAGAUGAAUAAUCAUAGAUUAAAGAAUGUACAAGGAUACCUUUCAUGGGAAUCUUCCAGUGAUUGUGCUAAAUUAAUAGUGGGGAUAUUGCUCUUGUGUUUUAGCAAAGAAAUCUACCUUUUCCUACUACUGGAAAUGGCAACCUUCAGCCAUUAACAGUGACAGGAAAGACUUGCUGUUUGCUCUCAAAAAUGUGUUUUUACAUACAGAGAGCUGGAAGUGUGCUGAACUAAAGAGACUACAUAUGUUGAAAGAGAGAAAGAAACCCAUCACAGCAGGCAACAAAGUGUGGCAUGAUUUGUGUGGUUGUGUCCAGUUCUCCAGACUAGAGAAGCUAUUUUUGGGCAGAUUGAACACCUCUGUAACAGGAACAAUCACAAUAUUAAAGCAACAUGUGGUACCACGGAGCUGGUCACUGUGGACUUGGGUACUGUGGGCUACAGAUGCAACAGAAAAUUAACGGUGCAGGGAUUUAAACAAAUAUAUAUAUGCAAAAAAUCUCUUCUUGGAGACACUUUCUUAACUGUCCCAUGAAAUCCAGGGUUCAUGCAUUAGAGCUAUUUAUUUUGUUUGGGUGUAGGUUAUUUAAAUUGUUCUUUUAUUUAUUCACUUAUUUAUUCAGUAUUUAUUGUUUAUUUAUGUACUGAUUCUAAUUAUUUUACUUUACAGGUUUUAUUCCAUUAGUGUGUAUUUUUACUUUCCUACAGUUUAUUAUUUUAUCCAAUUGUGAUUAGAAUUAACAUUAUUACAAAAAUGAUGGUGAUGAUCCUGCUCCUGUUGUAGUGUGGUUUCAUAUGCAUAUGAAAUAAACAAAAUACU